CUGAGUGGCGGAGCGGUGACAGGGGCCGGAGCGUGACCGGAAUAGCCCGGAGUCGCUGGGCCGAUCAGAGCCCGGAGAACGCGCGGAGCGAGGCUCGUGGCUCCCCGCGUCCGAUCCCCGCGAUCCGGGCCCGGCCCCGCACGUGCCGCCCGCCCGGAGCCCGCGGGACUUCCGGAUCGGCUGGAGAGUCCGGAGCAGGGGGGCAACCAGGGCCAGGACCCCCGCCCCAGCUCGGCUUGGCGGCUGCUGAAUGGGACCCAGUCAGACCGAGAGGAGCCGACCCCAGCCCAGCGCCUGCAGCAGUGCCUGUAGCCUGGGUGUCGCUGAGAGAGACGAUGGGGCCAGCAGCUGGACCUGCUGGGGGCGAAGAGCCGCUGCAGGAGUGGCCUGUUGAGGGCAGUGGACACCUGGAGGCUGGAGGGGAGCCAGACCCUCGUUGUAAUGUCAAGAAAUGUAACUCCUACAAGAAAUAUAGAAUUGUGCUCGCAGUUGUGUCCUUAUGUCUCAUCGCUGUUACUGUCCUGGCAGUGCUCCUAUUCACAAGAUCUUUGGAUGGUCAAGUCACCUCUACUGUCCCCUCUCAGGGCCCCCCUUUUGUCCCAUCUCAGGGUCCCCCUUUUGGCCUCUGCUGCCUGGAGGAAUGGGUCGGAUACCAAGGAAAAUGCUACUAUUUCUCAAAGGAAGAAAAGAACUGGAAUUCUAGCCAGCACUUCUGCUCUUCGUUCAAUGCUUCCCUGGCUGCGAUUGACACCCAGGAGGAAAAGGAUUUCAUGGUGCGCUAUGCAGGCCCCGUUGAGCACUGGAUUGGCCUCAGAAGAGAAUCAAGCCAGCCCUGGAAGUGGGUGAACGGAACCAUAUUCAACCAACAGCUGUUUGAAGUAAGAGCAGAAGGGGACUGCGCAUAUCUGAGCAAUGUCUUCGUGAGCUCUUCAAGGUGCUAUUCUCUGAGGAACUGGAUCUGUAGCAAACCUGAUGCAUAUACAAAGGGAAAGGAACAUGCAAUGGAGGAGGACUAGUAGAGAUGUAAAAGUUUAACCAGUUAACCCAUAAGCCUGAUGCUUAUCAGCAGGGCACUACCAAUUUCACAGGGCAUGAAAAAUGCGUCAGGGACCAAAAUAAGCCCUUCCCUGUGAAAUCCGAUGUCUCCUUGUUCCACCCUUCCAGAAGCAGCAGCAAGACACCUUCAUCACCCUCCUCCGGCACACGUCAUUGCUUCCUUCCCUCCUCCCCUGUCCUCCCCCAGCACUGAAUGCUUGUUUGUCUGAGCGAUUGGCUGAACAAGGAGUAGGACUGGGCGGACUUGUAGGCUCUAAAGUUUUACACUGUUUUAUUGUUAAG